CUUUUUAAGGUAUUUUGAAGUAAUUUCACUACAAAAGUUAAGUCAAAAUUUAUAUACUUGUACCCAAUAACUUCUGAAUUUGUUGAGAUUUCACGAACAUUUGUUUAAGUAGUUUCCGAACUGCCGAUAAUUAACGACAACACACUAAUUACCGAAGACCAAUACAUACAGCCGCAUGUAGCUCUGCUUUGAGCAGCCAUUAAAUUUAAUUUCAUAUCUUCUAAAGCAAAUUUCGACUGUAGUCCAGUGUUAAACGUCGACUCAUACGGUUGAAUAUCGCAGUAGACGGAAAGCAUUAAUCAACUCUGAAAUAAUUAUAAGAACGGUUGCACUUUCAUUUAGCUGAUUUGCAUAGCGCAAUCUACAAUGUCACUCAAAUUAUUUUGCCUUCUGGCGCUUCUUACACUGUGUGCGAUGGUGAUCAUCACAGAGGCACGAGAUGGCCGCGACCAUCGCGACUCGUUUGCAAAACAAGCCGUUGACGAGAAGUUUGCAAGACGCCGAUCGCGUCUCCGUCACAGUAGUCACAAAAGUACAAGCAGCCAUAGUAGUUCCAGAAGUCACAAGAGUCACGGUACAGAUCACAGCAGCAGUAGCAGUCCUGUCUUGUGGGCCAGUCACAAAAGUACGAGCGGCCAUAGUAGCUCAAGAAGUCACAAGAGUCACGAUACAGAUCACAGCAGCAAUAGCAGUCCUGGCUUUUGGGCCAGACUGUUCAAUACCGACAGUAGCUCCAAUAGCCACACGAAUAAAAUACACGAUACUGCACACGAAAAUCACAACAGCCACACCGUUUCUGACAUUCUGGUCAGAGAUCAAAAGACCCAGAGUAGCUCCAACCGUCGCAAAAGUCAAAAGCAGGAUACAGAUCACAACAGCCACACCGUUUCUGACAUUGUGGUCAGAGAUCAAAAGACCCAGAGUAACUCCAACCGCCGCAAGAGUCAAAAGCAGGAUACAGAUCACAACAGCCACACCGUUUCUGACAUUGUGGUCAGAGAUCAAAAGACGCUCAGUAGCUCCAACCCCCGCAAGAGUCAAAAACAGGAUACAGAUCAUGUAAAUCACAACAGCCACACCACAUUUAACGAACAAUCUCAGCACAAUUCCCACAAUUGGCAUCCCCUGGGUUCGAGUGCUCCCUAUCAUGGCACUCUUACUGCCAGUCCACAUGCGUCUAACAACUGGGGUGGCCACCAAUUGCCACCUGGACAUGUCUACGUCACGCAACCGUCCAGCAUUCCAGCCAACGCUGUGUACUACGCGCAGCCACCGACUCAUGCUAAUACCGACGAUUCAUCGGCUUUUGAUUUGGGUUAUCUCGUCGGGCGAAGUCUUACACGCACGCGUCAUCACCACCAUCACCACCAUCAUCACUAUGAACAACAACCGCAAGCGCAAGCGCAAGCCAACAAUGAGAAACAAACAAAAGUUGUUAUUGUGGAGAAUCAGAUGAAUCCAACUGGUGUAGCACCCACUGCAAAUCAAACUAAUUACUGGCCCACUGACUCUGAAACACCCUUGGCACCGCUCAACAACACAUUGGUACCAAAUGGCGUAUCACAACCAACAGUGCCUAUAUUUAAAAAUCCAGCUAUCGAAAGCGCUCAGAAUGUUAUCCCCGAGAACUUCAAACUGCCGACAGCUACAGCAGCCCCGCCUGAAACACCGCCCACAAAUGGCAUUAUCUGCAUGCCUUGGAACUUCAAUGAACCUGAUCCAUUGAAACCGGAAAAUGUUAUUGUGGUGCAGAAAACAAUUUGCUUUCCCGCACCACCACCACCACCACCGGAGGCGUCCCCUACCGCGCCAUUGGUACCGAACACUGGUGAUAUUGGUCUUAAUCUAUCUACAACACCAGCAGCAGUCCCAGCUUAAAACUUUGCUGAAACCAAAAUAUAAUAACAUUUUAAUCUAUAAUAUUUGGCCAGAUCCUUUUUUCUAAUUGUAAUUUUGUUUUUUAAAUGUCAGUACUUACAAAAACAAUAAAUUGAGAUUUUUAACGUUAAAUUCA